AAAGAUAUCUACGAGUAACUCACCCUUGAACAGUUUGUUCUAUCUACACAUUAGCAAAUACAAGAUCAAUGAUCGGAAAGACCCCCCAACCGAAGGCCCUUUUCAAUCAGACCCUCCAGGAGCUGACCCAGACUCGGGCCCCGGUGCCGGCCUUUGAGCCGGGCUGCGCGACGCAGUCCGGCGCGUGCGACGCCGCCGCCGGGACCUUCGCCGCGCGCAAUGCCGGCAGCUCAUCAUCCUGGUCUUCAUCAUCGCCGCCUCGCUACACCGCCGCCGGCGGUGGCGCGUCGCAGCGCCAGCAGCAGUCCGGCGGCCUCCUGCCGUCGGAUGAUGGCUGGGCGACCAAGAACUUCGUCGCCGGCCCCGACAGCCCGACCGGCUUCACCAACCAGCGGAUUGUCUACUCGCCGGCGUCCUCCACCCGGAGCCACUUCCCUCCGAAGAGCGAGCAGCAGCUGGGCGGCAGCCAGUUCGCGGGGUCCGCUCGGGCGCAGACAUUCGCCGCGCCGCUGGCCGAGCCGCUGGCUGGCGGCGCCCCGCGGGCCCAGUACCGUCCCUUUGCCUCGCCUCGGGGCGGGGCCGGCUACCAGCAGCAGUCGUCUUUCGGUGCCUGCAGCAGUAGCUGCAGCUCCGACGCUCUGAGCUGCUCCUCGAGCCUGAACUGCAGCGGCGGCGGCGCCAAUGCCAUGGGCAGCUGCUCCACCUCGUCGGGCUUCUGCGCGCGUAAUGUCAACUCGCACCAGCAGUACUCGGUGGAGAAGUCCGGCAGCGGCGGCGGGGCCGGCGCCUUCGCGAGCAGCCGCAAGAGCGCCAUGUGUGACAUGGCCCUCUCGGGAGGCGCCACUUGCGCCGGGUCCUCCUGCAUGCGCCCGGGCCAGUGCAGCUUCGGCCUGGCCCAGCAGCAGGGCGGCAUGCGGCAGAGCUUCGGCCUGGGCGCCGAGCAGCCGAUGCUGUCUCGCCAGGAUGACUGGAUCGGCGGCAGCGGAUCGGGCUCUGCCAUGCGCAUGAGCCAGACCGGCGGCGGCGGCGGCGGCGGCGGCGGCGGCUUCACCACCACCGGCAGCCCGGGCAGCCCGACCACCACCACCUUCCAGGUGGCCGGCUCGCGCGGUGGCAGCCCCACCGCCACCAGCCGCGGCUUCUCGACGUCGACGUCCGGCAAGUUCUCGCGCUCGCAGCAGCAGUCCGGCGGGCUGAGGGGCGGCAGCGGCGGCGGCACCCAUGCCAGCCUCUUCUCGCAGCGAGGCGGCUCCGGCGGCUACCGUGAGGAGUACUACAAUGCGGCCCCCUCGCCGCGGAUGACCGGCGGCCAGCUGAGCCCCGGCGGCUCGCCGGUGGCCGGGUACAUGUCCUUCGAGGAGGCCGUGGCGCGGUCGCCGCGCGGGAGCGGCGGAGCCAACCGCCACCUGGAGCCGCUGCACGCCGGCGGCCAGUUCACCAGCCAGGGCUUCUCGUCCUCCUCCUACUCGGGUGGGGGCUUCCCGCGCGGCGGCGGCGGCCUGAAGGGCGGCAGCGGCCGGUCCGGGGGCUUCCAGCAGCAGAAGUGGGCCUCCACCGGGGCCGACUGCGGCGGCGACAGCAGCGGCCAGUACUGCGCCAGCAAUGCGGCCAGCUGGUCCUCGGCCGCCGCCCCCGGUGGCGGGUCAUUCUCCGGCAGCCCGACCGCCGCCGGCACCAUGUCCUGCGCCAAGCUGCCCAGCGGCAAGUGGGGCAGCCCCGGGUGCAACAACGCCGAUCCGGCGUGCACGACCAAUCGCCGGGUGCAAACCACCGGCAUGACCCCCGCCUGCACCAAUGGCAGCGGCCGGGGCCAGGCCUUUGCCGAGCCCCUCCUGUCGGCCACCACCCGGGAGGACUGGCAUGCCGGGCAGGCGUUCUCCACCUCCGAUAGCUGGGCCCAGCAGCAGCAGGCGUCCGCGCCGCUGGCCGGUGGCAGCGGCUUCGGCAGCCACCGCAUGAUCAAGCAGCAGCAGCAGCAGCAGCAGCAGCACUUUGGCGGGGCCGACCAGUUCCUGGAGACCCCCUUCGAGCGGCUGGGCCUGCACUCGGGCGGGUCGUCGCCACGCUUCGCCGGUCGGGACAUGCUGUCCCCCCGGGCUGGCGGUGAGGCGGCGGCCCCGCUCAAUGCCUGGUCCGGCAGCGGGAGCACGCGCGUGUUCAAGGGCAACACCAACACCAGCUGGAGCCCGCUGAGCCGCGGCGGCGGCAACACCGCCAACUACGGCGCCACCGGCGGCAGUGCCCCGAUGAUGACCGGCAGCAGCGCCGGCGACUAUGGCUACCUGAUGAUGGGCGACCCGCUGCAGCACCAGUUCAAGGAGCAGAUGCAACAGCAGCUCCUGAGCCGGCCGCCGGCCCAGUUUGCCGGCGGCAGCCGCUGGUCACCGCGCGGCGGGGCUCUCGGCGGCGGCAGCAGCAGCAGCCGCGCGGCCUAUCUCGCCCCGGCGGCCGUCGCCGCUCCCCUGAGUGCCAGCAGCAGCAGCAGCAGCAGCAGCAGCAGCAGCAGCAACCUCGGCUCGACGUCGAGCUUCAGCGACUUCUCCGCGUCCUCGACCUCCGGGCUGAACCAGCACCGUUGGGCCGGCGGCCCGACCCAGCGCUUCUACAACUCGCCAUACGCCGCGGCCAGCCCUGGGUCCUUCAACCUGCGCGGCGGCGGCGGGCCCGGGCAGUUCUUCCAGCAGCAGGGCCCCUUCCUUGGCCAGGGCGGUGGCAGCAGUGGCCACGCCAUGGCCGGGGCCCUCUCCCCGAGCGGCUUCUCGGCCCGCGGCGGCGGGUAUGUCCCGUACCAGCAGUUCCGCCACCCGGCGGCGGGGCUCGAUGCGGCCGGGGACCUUUCCCCGACGCUGGAGCUCUGGCGUGGCCCGGGCUCCGGGGCCAUGGGGCCCAUUCACCAACAGCAGCAGCUUGGCGGCCGGACCUUCUUCCACAGUGAGAGUCGCUACCAGCCCCUGUCCAUGGGCGCGCAGCAGCAGCAGCAGCAGCAGCAGCAGCUCCCGAUGAUGGCGGGUGGCCGCAGUGGCGCCGGCUUUUCCUCGGCCCCCGGCAGCCCGAGCAGCAUGCGCUGGACCUUCAAGCCCGAGCGCGGCGCCCGGUUCCUCGAGGAGGGCCUCAUUUAG